UCAGAGCAGAGCUGGAGGCGAGCAGAGCCUGAGCCUAUUGGUUUCCACGGAGGCUGUGCGCGCUAUAAAAGCUGCCUGCGCCUGUGCGAGCGCAGCGUCUUGGAGAGGACUGCGCCUUCAGCCGGAGCAGAGCGCACCACACAGCAGCGGAGCCACACGAAGACACACGCGGCGCAGCCAUGAGUGAGAGACAAGCAUCUGGAGCAACAACUGGAAGCAGCAAACCAUCUGCUGGCCAAGAUGAGAAGAAGAACAACGUGCCGGAGGACUUCGACAUCGACAUGAAGGAUCCCGAGACGGAGAAGGCUGCCGUCGCCAUCCAGUCGCAGUUUAGGAAAUUCCAGAAAAAAAAGCAGGAUGUGCCGUCGUAGAGCGAGCGCCGUCUCCUGCAGCCGUCACAUAAUUCGGGCCUGGUCUUGCAUGUCAACCAAAACUGCACUGUCAUGAACUGAGA